AUGGAGGGACUCAGGCGGAGUGAAAGGGCAAAUAAGGGUCAGCCACCGAAGCGGCUAGGAUUCGGGGAUGACUUGACUGAGCUGGAGCUCACAAUUGUCCAGACCCAGAUGGAAAGGACAAAAAAGGAAAUGGAGUUGCUCUCUUUGAGGGAAAAGGAACUGUCACUUCGUCAUUCGAUGGUGAUUGAGGCGAAAGCUGCAUCUCUGGCAAACAUUUCUGCGGAUUCCUAUGAGGAUCUACCUGUCAAGACUUCCACUCCAUUGAUGAAGCUGGAGAAGUACCCUCUUUUGGACGAGGCCGGCAAGCCAGAAGCCAAAGGAACUGACAAGCCCAUCCCGGAUGUAGACGACAAAAUCAUCUUGGGCCAGACGGGAAAUGACAAGGCUACUUUGAAGGAUUCCUCAAGUGACGAUGAGCUGGAGGGAGUUGUCAAUAGAUUCCAGCUAUUUCAAAAGAAAUUAGACCAGGAUAUCUUGCGAGAGAAGCUGCAGAGGAAGACCGGUGGAGAUAUUGCACAGAGAGGGGCUGCAGCAGGCGACAGGAAGAAGUUUCUUGGGUUCAAGGAGAAUCCCCCAGAGCCAAAGAGAGUGACCAUGACGACUGACGAAUUUGAGACGGCACUUCACACUGUCAUGAAGGUUGCCAAAGACGACACCAAACAUCACACACCCACUCCCGAGUACAUGGACAUCAUGAAGAAGUUCUUGGUGCGGCAAUCUGUGGGUGAUGAGACGCACAAAUUUGAAGGAAAUGUGCAAGAAUGGCCCAUUUUCAAGGCAUGGUUUGAGAAUCUAAGUGACAGUUGUGGAUACAACAACACAGAAAAGCUUACCGUCUUGCAAAAAAGUCUGGUUGGAGAGGCAAGAGAGACUGUCAGAUUCUUGCUGUUUUCCCCAUGCAAUGUGGAUAAGGUUAUGUUUUCUCUGCAAGAGAGAUAUGGCCAGCCAGAGCACUUAAUCCGCACGAUGAUUGCGCAGGUGAAGGCACUGCCGGCUGUCAAGCAUGACAAACCGGAAAGUUUGGUUAACUUCUCCGUGACACUUAGCAAUAUGGUUGCUGCAAUUGAAACGUUUAACCACAAUGGUUAUGUUGACAAUCCUCAUCUCUUAGACGAGCUGAUCACGAAGCUUCCCCUCACUAUGCAAAUUGCUUGGUCGGAGAUUCAUGCUUCCAGGGGAUUUGUGACGGUGAAAACCUUCGCAGAAUGGAUUGGUUUGAAGGCAAAAGCAGCUAAUUAUCGCCUCCGGACGAUGGAGGCAGCGAGGGUGGAGAAGCUACCAGAGAUGAAAAAUAAAAAGACAGUGGCAACGGUAGUCAGUAGUGAGCUGCGGGAAGUCAAGGAGAAAACCCCCGAAUGUAGCCUGUGCAAGGGAAAACAUUUUCUGGACAAAUGCGAGAAGUUUCAGAAGCUUUCCGUGGACGACCGCUGGGCACAAGUAAGACGACAGGGCUUGUGCUUCUCCUGCCUCAAGCCCAAGCACUCUCUAAGGAUGUGCAAGGAGAGCAAGACUUGUUCGAGGACAGGAUGCGAUAGAAAACACAAUAUUCUUUUGCACGGUGAUGUAAGUUCUGUCAGAAAUACAACACUUGCACAGAAUGAGACAGAUAACCCAGAAGAAUCCCAGACGAGAGUAGAGGAUAAGCCUGCUCCAAAGGAUGCACCUUUGUCACAGGGAGGGGCCAUUGACGGCGAAAUUGUGGCUCAUGGUCAUGGCGGCAGCCAUAACCAAAUCUUUAUGAAGAUUCUUCCAGUCUAUGUGACAGGGCCGAAAGGGACUGAGAAGGUUUAUGCUUUUCUGGAUGAGGGUUCAACCAUCACCAUGAUGACUUCCUCUCUGGCAGAGAGACUUGGACUGGACGGACCUAAAAUACCUCUACACUGGCAAGGAGCAGGUCCUGUGGCGAACACCGAUCUCACAUCCAAGACUGUCGAAUGUAGAGUUCGUGGGUUUCUACCAAAUGCGAAGGAGUAUUUGAUGCAAAGGGUGAGAACAGUUUUUGAAUUGAAUCUCCCAAGGCAGACAGUGGACAUGUCAGCUCUCUCUCGAGACUGGAGGCACUUGGCGGACGGCCAAGUACAGUCCCUGAAGGAUGCAGUGCCAGAGUUGUUGAUAGGUCUAGACAAUACACCCCUUAUUGUGUCUCGAGAGAUCAUCCAUGGCCCAUGGAAUGCCCCUUACCUCGUAAGAACGUGGCUGGGAUGGGUGGUAAUGGGAAAAAUAGACGGCAGACCCAUAAAUGGCCCCAAAAACUAUUCUAUGUGGGAGCGACGUGAUGAUCUUUACGAAAUGGUGAAGGAUUCAUUCUCCAUUGACUCAUUUGGCACCGAGUCUCUUGGGAAAGCCCCCUCUCGUGAAGACAAGAGAGCCCUAGAGAUAAUGAAGCACACGACACGCAGAACCGAUGACGGACGAUUUGAGACAGGGCUAUUGUGGAAGGACGGUAAGCAACCGGCUGUUCCUGAGUCAAAGGAAGCAGCUCUCAGGCGACUCCAUGCCACUGAGAGGAAGUUGGAUCGAGACCCAGAGCUGGCAGAGGCGUACUGUGCAAAGAUGGAAGACCACAUACAAAAGAAAUAUCUGGUGAAGCUCACUGAGGAAGAUUUGCAAGUGCCAAUGGAGAAUGUCUGGUAUCUGCCGCAUUUCUCAGUCUUUCAUCCUGCAAAAAAGAAGAUUAGGGUUGUCUUUGAUUGUGCUGCCAAGUCUCACGGAGUUUCCCUUAACGACUUUUUGAUUAAGGGACCUGAUCUUUUGAAGUCACUUCCGGGUGUGCUGGAGAAUUUUAGAAAAGGGAAGUACGCAUUUACGGGUGAUAUCCGUGAAAUGUUUCACCGUGUUCACGUGAGAAAGGACGACACAAAUUAUCAGAGAAUUCUCUACAGAGGUAUGAGGAGAGAUGUCGAACCAGAUGAGUACAAAAUGGAUGUCAUGACGUUUGGGGCUUCCUGUUCUCCAACUUUGGCCUCUUAUGUGAAGAAUGUCAAUGCGGAGGAACAUGCAAUGGACUAUCCGGAAGCUGUGAAGGGAAUAUUAGAUAAUACCUAUUGCGAUGAUUACCUUGGCAGUGCUGACAGCAUUGAGGACGCCAGAAAGCUAAUCAGAGAUAUUGUCUAUGUCCAGAAGGCUGGAGGAUUCGAUAUCGUUAAUUGGACAGCGAACGAUUCGAGAAUUUUGGAUACCUUCACUGACACCAUGAAGAAUUUGGCAUCUCAAACACUGGACGAAUUGGACCGUGUUCUUGGCCUAUGGUGGGAUUCGACGGCUGACAUCUUCACCUUUAAGACACAAUUCCAUCGUGUUCCUGCUGAAAUACUCUCUGGAGAGAAGAUCCCGACGAUGCGAGACGUGCUGCGACUCAUCAUGUCUAUAUUUGACCCUCUGGGGUUUCUGGCCAUGUUCACUGUCAAGGGAAAAAUGAUUUUGCAAGAAAUUUGGAGGUUAAAAAUUGGAUGGGACGAUCCGAUUGAGGGCAUUGCACUACAGCACUGGAAAACUUUUCUAGACGAAUUGAAGACGAUCAGCACAGUGAGAGUUUCCAGGUGCUAUUCUCCAAAUUUGCCUCAAGCAACUUCCGUUCAACUUCACAUCUUUGGCGAUGCCAGUGAACACGCAUACUCAUCCGUGGCUUACCUGAGGAUUGUGAGUGAAAUUAACAGUGAAAUUGAAGUGUCAUUUGUGUGCGCCAGAACAAAAGUGAGCCCCUUGAAGUCGACAAGCAUUCCCCGGCUUGAGCUACAAGCCGCAGUGAUGAGUUCUAGAAUGAGUGCAGCAAUUCGAGCUACCUUGGAUGUCAAGAUUGACGACGUAGUGCUUUGGAGUGAUUCCCUGACUGUCCUGGGAUGGAUUAGAAGUGAUUCUCGACGCUUCAAACAAUUUGUUGGUCACAGAAUCAGUGAAAUUGAUGAGUUGACAGAGUUCCGGCAGUGGCGAUGGGUGCCUACAAAACUCAAUCCAGCUGAUUUCGCUACCAGGAUGGUGAAAAGUGAUUUCAGUGAAUCAUCAAUGUGGUUCUGUGGACCUCCCUUUCUCAGACAACUUGAGAGUGGGUGGCCCCAGGAGAAAAGUGAGACAAUUGAAAACAAAACAAAUGACGUUGAAGUGUUUACCGUUAUGACAAGUGUUGAAGUGUUUCGCGGUGACCAGCUAAUGCCAAAAAUUGAGAGAUUUUCUCAGUGGAAUCGUCUUAUUCGUGUGACGGCAACAGCUAUGAUUUGUGCGAAAUACUGGUUAGACAGAUGGAAGGUCAAGAAGUCCGGUGGAUGCCCCCCGAAAAGGCCUACACUGACAGUAAAAGACUUGUUGGCAGCUGAGAAGCAGUGGUUCCGGAAGAUUCAGACAGAAUUUUGGGCUGAAAUUGAGACUCUUAAGAGAGGAGAAUCCGUCGACAAACAGAGCCCUCUGCUCACUCUCUCACCAACCCUGGAUUCGGACGGAAUCCUUCGAAUUGAUUCACGUCUUGUGAAUAGUGAUGUGGGGGAGAAAUAUCCAGUGAUUUUAGCUCAAAAACAUCCGGCCACCAAGUUAUUGAUCAAAGACGCUCAUGAGAGACACCAUCACCAGGGACGUGAGCAAGUGGUGAAUUACUUGCGAGAGAGAUUCCAUAUUCCGCGAGUUCGUGUGGCAGUGAAAAGAGCUUGGCAUGAAUGUCAGCAGUGUAAGAAUCAAAGAGCUCGCCCAGCAGUUCCGGAGAUGGCAGCUUUACCCAGGUUCCGUGUGACAGAUUCAGUGUAUCCCUUCGUGAGAAGUGGUGUGGAUUACUUCGGCCCCCUGAUGGUGAAAGUUGGACGUCGACACGAGAAAAGGUGGGGUGUUCUCUUUACAUGCCUCGCAACCAGAGCUGUGCACCUGGAGAUAGCACACUCCCUGACUACAGAUUCAGCCAUUAUGGCUAUACGACGAUUUCUUGGACGCCGUGGCCCGAUUAGUGAUUUGGUUUGUGACAAUGGGACCAAUCUGCGGGGUGCAGAUAAUGAAUUUCGUCAUCUGUACCAAGCUCUAGAGACAGACAGGAUGACAGAAGCCCUCUCCGAGCGAAAGAUUGACUUCCAUUUCAAUCCUCCUGCAGCACCACACAUGGGCGGAGCAUGGGAAAGGCUAAUCAGGUCAGUGAAAAAUGUCCUAAAAGAUUUAUUGAAAAAUCAUGUCCCCACCGAUGAGGAGCUCUUGACUUUGUUCACGGAAGUUGAGUUUGUUGUGAACGGACGCCCCCUGACGUACGUGUCUGUGGAGCCAGAGGACGAUACGGCUCUCACCCCAAAUCACUUCCUGAUCGGUCGUUCAGCUGCCAAUAGACCUAUUGGAAAUUUUGACGAUGGAGAUCUCGUGCUCAGGAAGGCUUGGAGGAAAAGUCAGCGGAUUGCUGAUAUGUUUUGGCACAGAUGGGUUCAUGAAUACCUUCCUGAGCUCACACGUAGGACGAAGUGGCAUCAGAAGACUCGACCCCUGAAGAUUGGUGACAUAGUGGUGAUUUGUGAUGAACAACUUCCACGAAACUCCUGGCCUCUUGGAAGAGUCACUGAUGUCUUUACCGCUCCUGAUGGGAAGAUCCGGUCUGUUAUGGUGAAGACAGCUCAGGGCUUGUACCGACGACCCGUGGCGAAGCUGGCAUUAUUGGAUGUAGCGGAAGACCAGCAGACAGGAUUAGGGAUGGGUGCAGGAGCACCAGAGAGGGGAAAUGUUGGAAACGCGACAACGCCAACUAGCGGAAUUAUUUGAAAUUAAUAUUUUCCAACCCUGUAAUUGAGCCCUUCCGGCAUUUUGUCUUUCUUUUGGAACUGUGCUUUGUAAUGGCGAGACACGUUUUGUGAAGCUCCUAGGAUUUCUUAUAUUUCUUGAGUAAGUCAGCAAUUUCAGCGUUUUUAUGUAAUUCACUCUAAUUUGUGACAUUGUUUCUUGUGAUAGGUGAUCGAUUUAUAGGCAUAGAGACGAUCUAAAAGACAUUUAGAUUGAUAUCUAUAUUCUGGCGACAUUGAAGUUUAUAGAUAAUUUGCCUUGAGAGAGAAAUAGUGAGUGGAAAUUAGUUGCUAGAAAGUCCAAGCAGUUAAUUCAAAGUAAGAGUUUAGAAUAAUAUUGGGAAAAUUAGAAUUUAAAGAGGAAUUAUAUUUCAGGAACCACCACUACUUAAUACUUAAUACUUAAUACUUAAUACUUAAUACUUAAUACUUAAUACUUAAUGCUUAAUACUUAAUACUUAAUAUUCUUGUAAACAAUAUAAAAAUCGAUCAGGCCGUGUCUCGCCAAAUUAGACGUCAAUAAAAGAUUCAAAAAUACAGUCCACUUGACACU